AUGCGUCGCGAGCGUCGCAUCGAGCCGACGUCGUUCGACGCGAUCGUCGUCGGCACGGGCCUGCCCGAGUCGCUGCUGGCGGCGGCGCUGUCUCUGGCGGGGCGGCGCGUGCUGCACGUGGACUGCGCCGCUUUCUACGGGUCGCACUGGGCGUCGCUGCCGCUCGACCAACUCGCGCAGUGGGCGGCGAGCGGCGGGCGCAUUCCGCCUCCGGGGGAGAACGAGGACGCGCAGACCAACGGGUUUGCGGACGACGACGACGAGCGCGGGGAGGAUGCGCGCAGAGCCGCUGGGGAAAGCGCGGAAGGGGACGGUGGAGUGCUGAGCGGUGACGAGGGAACAGGCCCGAGAGACGGGGAGGGGGGUGCGGAGGAGAGGCAGGAGGGGGAUAGCGAAGGCAUGGGCGCAACUGAAGAUGGCGCGCGCGCAGGUGGGGAAUCAGGCGCGGGUGUGAGUGGGGGGGCAGAUGCAGCCGCAGGGGCGGGCGAGGUGUCACUUGAGGGGCGAGUGCGGGCGGGGGAGGUGAGGGCGGUGGCGCUGGGGUCGUCGGAGGACGGCGCGCUCUACUCGCGCGUGUCCACCGCCACGUGGCUGCCACGCGCCUCCCACGAGCCCUUCCACCCGGCGCGCCUGCCACCAGAGCUGGGCGAGGCGCGGCGCUACGCGGUGGACCUGGCGGGGCCGCGCGUGGUGAUGUGCGGCGAGGACGCGGUGCGCGUGCUGGUGCGCAGCGGCGCGCACCACUACGUGGAGUUCAAGGCCGUGCAGGCGCUGCUCUGCUGGCAGUCGGGGGCGGAGGGGAAGGCGCCGGGGGAGAGUGGCGCGCAAGGGCAGGGCGGUGGGGGGGAAGGGGGCCUGGUACGGGUGCCGACGAGUCGGGGCGACGUGUUUCAGGACCGGCAGCUGCCCCUGGCGGACAAGCGCCGCCUCAUGCGCUUCUUCCACUCCGCCUCCCCCCACUCCGCCCCCUCUGGCCCCCCUGCCCCCGCUGCUGCCACUGCUGGUGGCGGUGGUGGCGCGAGGGAAGGCGGGGACGAGGGAAGUGGGCAGGUGGGGGCGGAGGGGAAGGAGGAGGGGAAGGCGGCGAGCGGCAGCGAGGGGGAGGGGGAGGGGGAGGGGGAGGGGGAGGGGGAGGGGGAGGGGGAGGGGGAGGGGGAGGGGGAGGGGGAGGGGACGUUCACGGCGCUGCUGGAGGCACACGGGCUGCCAGCACGCGUGCAAGACUUCAUUCUGUACGCCAUCGCCCUGCUGCCAUGCAACCAGCACCCCACACCCCCUGCCGCUGCUGCCACCGCUGCCAACAGUGCCAGCGGUGGCAGCAGCAGCAGCAGCGGGGGAGGAGGGGGAGGAGGGGGAGGAGGGGAGGGGAUGCGGGGGGGCGUGGUGGGAGCGGUGGAGGGGCUGGCUCGCAUGGCACUCUUCCUCAACUCCGUCGGCCGGUCAGGGCAGCUCACCAACGCCCUUUCAUGCGCCAGCCCCUCCCAUCUGCAGCUUUUUUUAUUGGUGCGCUCCUCUGCUCCCGUGCACAUGUGUGCGCACCUCUGCUCCUGUGCACAUGUGUACGGUGCGGAGGCGGGCAUGAUGGUGGCGCUGUACGGCAUGGGCGAGCUCGCCCAGGCCUUCUGCCGCCUCGCUGCCGUCAAAGGCGCCCUCUAUCCCCCACUGUGCCUCAUCCCCCCACCUUGCCUCAUGCGCCCACUGCUGCUCUUCACCAUGUUGCAUGCUGCUCCUGAGACUCCUCGCUGCUCUCACACGGGGCGGUGUGAGGGAGUGGCGGUGGAGGACGGGCAGCUGCUGGGCUCGCCCCUCGUGCUCCUCGGCCCCUCCUUCCUCCCCAAGCCGCCCCUCCCCGCUGUACCCGCAGCACCACCCGCAGCAGAGCCCGCAGCAGAGCCUGCAGCGGUGAGCGGCAGUGCUGAAGCACGUGGGAGUGCAGCAGGUGGCAGUGGCGCGUGUGUGGAUGAGGGGACAAGCCCAGGCGUGGCGGGGCCUCAGUCUCAUGGUGGCGGUGGCGGCAAUGGUGGUGGUCUGGACAGCGCUGGUGGUGGUCUGGACAGCGCUGGUGGUGCUUUGGACAGCGCUGGUGGUGCUUUGGGCAGCGCUGGUGGUGCUUUGGAUAGCGCUGGUGGUGGUUUGGACAACGCUGGUGGUGGUCUGGACAGCGCUGGUGGUGGUUUGGACAGCGCUGGCAAGACAAGUGCCGGAGGGGAGAGGGGGGAAGGGGAGGAGGAGCAGGAGGAGGGCAUGGUGGCGCGCUGCAUUUGCAUCACUGACGGUUCCCUGCAUCCACAGAUGCACACUCUGGUUGCUGUGCUGCCGCCCACAUCACUCGCACCAGGGCUUCCGGAGCAGCCAGUGAGAGUGUGCCAGCUGUCAUCGCAAUGUGCUGUGUGCCCCCAAGGGAAGUACCUGCUGUAUCUCUCCACCCGCUGCCUCCCCUCCCACUGCCCUCGUGCCCUGCUGCUGCCCGUGCUUGCUGCCCUCACUGCGUUGCCACACCCCUCCCCCACCACUCAUUCUGCUGCUGCUGCUGCUGCUGCUGCUGGAGGUGUGAGUGAGGGGGGUGGCAGGAGCAAGCAAGCAGAGGGAGCGAGUGAGGGUUGUGGCAGGAGCAAGCAAGCAGAGGGAGCGAGUGCGCAGGAGAAUGCGGGGAGCGGGGUGGCCGGGCAGGGGGGAGGAGAGGGAGAUGGAGGGGAGGAAACGGAGUCAUCCAGCCGUAUGGUAUCAGAGCAGGUGGGGUCAGAGGCAGGGACGGGCGAGGAGCAUGGAGAGGAGACAGCUGGGAAGGGGAGGCCCACUGCCCUGUGGGCUGUGUUCUUCUCGCAGCGCCUGCUGGAUGCCCGCAGUGUGCAGGUGCCUGAGGGCGUGUUUGCAUGCAGCGCUCCGAGUGACUCCCUGCACCUGCAGUCAGUGCUCGAAGAGACCCAGCAGGUCUUCACGCACAUUGCCCCCGGGGAGGAGUUCUUCCCCACCCGCCUGGAUGAGGAGGAGAGGGAAGAUGAGGCACACGGGUUUGACAAUGGUAACUCGGAGGAGCAUGCCAAUGAGGACGGGGAUGGGGAUGGGCAUGGGCAUGGGGAUGGGGAUGAGCAUGGAGAUGAGAGGAGGGACCAGAGCAACGGAGGGGGGUGA